AUGGGAGAUCAUAGGUUUAAGUCUUACAGGAGACAUAGGUGGUAUUUAAGAACAGAGGCAGGCCAAGCAGCAACUGAAGUGUAUGCGCAGACAAGGACCUUACAAGUAUGGCGGUCACUGUUGAACUGGUUGACUUUCUUCUUUCAGAUCUUUGUUCAGAUCGUUAGAGGCACUCCUUCCGUUGCUUCCUUGAUCAAUUAUUCUUCUUCGUCUUCUUCGGCAUCGUUCAAGCCUUUGCCUGACGUUGAAUUUCCUGAAUCUUCUCAACCGGCAACAUUCUCUGCCGCUUCCGUUCAUAUUCCCACCGCUGUGGCUGAUUAUGAUUGUUCGGCAAAGCUCACGGUGGUUCUUGACUUGGAUGAAACUCUAGUAUGUGCCUAUGAGACAUCUAGUUUACCUGAUAGUGUUCGAAAACAAGCUACAGAUGCUGGAUUGACAUGGUUUGAGCUAGAAUGCAUAGCUUCUGAGAAGGAAUAUGAUGGAAAGCCAAAGAUCAACUAUGUGACAGUAUUUGAACGCCCUGGACUGCAUGAAUUUCUUGCCCAGCUUAGCAAAUUUGCUGAUCUUGUACUAUUCACAGCAGGACUUGAAGGAUAUGCAAAACCACUUGUUGACAGAAUAGAUGCUGAAAACAGAUUUAGCCGUCGAUUUUAUCGGCCUUCAACAACUUCCACGGAAUAUAGAGAACACGUGAAGGACCUUUCUUUUGUAUCAAAAGAUUUUUGCAGGAUUGUUAUUGUUGACAACAAUCCAUUCAGUUUCUUAUUGCAACCAGUGAAUGGAAUCCCUUGUAUACCUUUUACAGCUGGACAACCACGUGACAACCAGCUUCUGGAGGUCCUCCUUCCCCUUUUGAAGCAACUUUCAGAGCAGAGGGAUGUAAGGCCGGUGUUAUACGAAAGGUUCCGCAUGCCGGAAUGGUUUCAGAAACACGGAAUCCCCGUUUCCAAUUCCACCUGGAGAAGAAGAUUCUUUUUUGUUAUUGUUUCCUUAAUUUUCACCACAUGCAGAUGCAUUGUCAAAUUCGUAUUCUUGUUGUAA